UGAGAUCGACGAAGAAACAGUCGUAUCGAAGAAGCCCAUUUGACGGUCAGUCUACAAUGACCAGCUUCGUUGCCCCUUUUUUAAGGGCUUUUGGCGACUUUGUCUACUCGCAGCGCUUCGUGACGCCUGCCUCUCCUGUUCAAUCCUUCAGCGGCCAGACUGUCAUCGUCACCGGAGGCAACAACGGGCUAGGCAAAGAGGCUGCACGUCACAUCGCUCGGCUCGGGGCGAGCAAAGUCAUCAUAGCUGCGCGCAAUUCUAAGAAGGGUCAAGAAGCUCGUGAAGAUAUCCUCAAGACCACCGGCAGGGAGGAAGCCGCGAUAGAAGUGUGGCAGCUGGAUCUCUCAUCGUAUGACUCGGUCAAGGCCUUUGCCGAGCGCACUUCCUCGUUGGAGCGCCUCGACGUCCUACUGGCGAAUGCUGGGAUGCAGACCUCCGGCUACUCGACUGCCGAGGGGCACGAGCGCACCAUCACCGUCAAUGUCAUCAGCACUUUCCUCCUCGCUCUCCUUCUCCUUCCAAAGCUCAAAGAGUCAGCCAAACGCUUCAAAAUCGAGCCGCGCUUGACCAUUGUCUCUAGCGAGCUACACGCCUGGGUCAAUCCGGCCUCUUUUCCAAAGACGGACAUCUUCCCUACCCUCGACUCGGAGAAGCUUAGCCUGAACCGGUACAUGGUCAGCAAGCUCAUGGAGGUCCUCAUUGUCCGCGAACUCGCCCCUUCCCUCAGCGAGUCACCCGUCAUACUCAAUGUCCUAAAUCCAGGGCUGUGCUACUCAGGACUGAGUUAUCAGGAAGGCGAUGACGGUGUGAUUUUGAAAUUGGCGAAAGCGGCAUUCUUUAUCAUUGCUGCCGCCCGGACUACAGAAGUGGGCAGUCGCACACUGGUGGCUUCUGCUGCUGCGGGCAGGGAAAGUCAUGGAAAGUACAUGUAUGAUGGACUGGUUGGUGAUGAACAUCUUGGCUCCUGGGUACGCAGUGAUGAGGGCACAUUGGUGGGGAGGAGGGCGUGGGAGGAGCUGAGCGAGAUCCUGGAGAAGGUCAGUCCUGGUGUGACCGGCAAUCUCAACUCAUGACGACCGUUCGAGCCAGCGAGCUCGGGCAGAAAGUGCGUCUUAGGCAAUCUCCAACUUGUACAUAGCCAGCGAGGGAAGAUUGCUCUUUUGUCCAGCCAUGGACCCUUGCUUGUGCCCUUCUUCGAUAAUGCGCGAUGGCAAUCCACGCCCGUCUGCGGGCCACAUUGCCGAAGUUAUGUUGGAUGGCCAGCAGCAUGGGAACAGUGC